AUGAAUGGUCUUAAUGUAGAAACAAGCCAACCGGUGGUGAACGACUCGGAUGUGGUGUCCAUUGAGUUGUGGUCCAAAGCGUCCAUUGGUUUCUACUUAUGGCAACACAUCCUGAGGGCGAGUCUGGAGACCAGAGCCGAUGGCAACGCAUACGUGUCCGGCGCCGCCAAACUCAACGGCUUUCGCUUUAAGUUCAGAAGCGGUCCACUCCUUACCAUUGAUUCACUGCAACACAUGAGUGCUCACAAUCUGAUCCUUGUUCUCAAUGGACGCGACAAACAGAAGAUUAAGUUCGCCGUCGAUUGGAUCGCAGGAGUGGACAGACUUAAGGAUCAGAUUAGAAAUGUGGGACUCGUUGUGUUGGGCGACGAACAGUGCCAUAACUCAUGGCUCAGGCCUUACCUUCAAUCCAACGGAGGAUUUGUUAAAUUCGUUUUCGUUGUUUACGACUGGAAACUAAUUGAUGAUCGAGUGAUAUAUCAGUGGCCGUUAGGAGUGGCCACUUAUCGUCAGUUCCCGACCCCUGAGGCGGUCAAAGUGAACUUCGAGACGAGCCGUCCCUAUGUGUGCAAUUUGGUCGCCACUAUAUAUGCCGACUCUUCACGACUCGAAUUACUCAAUAUAUUAAAAGAGAAAUAUAAAGACAUUUGUAUAAUAAAAGUGCGCUUUGAAUGGCAGCCGAAGGAGACGACGGAUUCGCUGAGCUAUUAUGUCGAGUCUUUGCGUUUAAGUGACUUAACACUGAGUCCAAUGGGAAUGAAUCACGAAUGUUAUCGCAUAUACGAAGCCAUGGCCUUCGGAUCCGUUCCCGUCAUCGAAGACAAUGUGAAUCAUAUGAAGAAAACGAGUUGUGAUACGCGAACUGCAUUCAGACAACUCAAACAACAUAACCCGCCCUUCAUUUAUGAGUAA